AUGGAUACGUUCGCUUUUCUUUCUUUCUUUUUUUUUUCUUUCUUUUUGUUGCUGUUUAAUUAUUACUCCCUUUCUUUCUUCUUGUCUUUCCUUCCUUCCUUCUUCUUAAUCAUUUUUCCUCUUCAUUUUUAUUACCUCGUUCCUUUCUUUCUUUCUUUCUUUCUUUCUUUCUUUCUUUCUUAUCUUUUGCGUUUUUCCUUCUUUCUCUCCCUCAUUAUUACUUCCUUUCUUUUUUUCUUUUUUUUCUUCUUAUCCAUUUUUUUCUUUCUUUCUUUCUUUCUUUCUUUCUUUCUUUCUUUCUUUCUAAUCAUUUCAUUUUUUCCUUCUUUUUCUCUAUUAUUAUUACUUUAUUUAUUUAUUGUUCUUUCUUUCUUUCUUUGUAAUCUUUUCGUGUGUAUUUCUUCUUUCUCUCCAUCAUUAUUACUCCUUUUCUUUCUUUUUUUUCUUGUUUUUUCUUUUUUCUUUCUUUCUUCUUUCUUGAUUUUUCUUUCUUUUUUCUUUCUAAUCCUUUCAUGUUUUUUUCUUUUUUUGUCUAUCAUUUCCACUCCUUCUUUCUUUCUUUCUUUCUUUCUUUCUUUCUUUCUUUCUUUCUUUCUUUCUAAUCCUUUCCUGUUUUUCUUCUUUCUCUCCAUCAUUAUUGCUACUUUUCUUUCUUUUUUCUUUCUUGCUUUUUCUUUCUUUUUUCUUUCUAAUCCUUUCAUGUUUUUUUCUUUUUUGUCCAUCAUUUUCAAUUCCCUUCUUUCUUUCUUUCUUUCUUUCUUUCUUUCUUUCUUUCUUUCUUUCUAA